GAUACCAGACAUAACACAGAGCUAGGGAGCCAGCUGAGGACCUGACAGAGUCCAGGCAUGAACGACAUCAAACUGGCUCUGCUGGGAAGCCAGGGGGCUGGGAAAUCAGCUGUCCUUGUGCGGUUCCUGACCAGGCGCUUCAUUGGUGAAUAUGCCUCAAACACCAAUUCCCUGUACCAUAAAAGGCUGUCUAUCGAUGGCCGGCAGCUGAAUCUGGAAGUCUUUGACCCCUGCUCUCAGAGCUCAGAGGCCAGGUGUAUACUCGAGGAGCCGGUGGAUUGGGCUGAUGGCUUCGUGGUGGUGUACAACAUCAGCGAUCGCGCUUCCUUCAUUAACGCCAAGAACAUCCUGCAGCAGAUUCGCGAGGCUCGCAUGGACAGCUGCAAAGGGGAGACUCCAGUUCCUGUGUGUCUGGUGGGUAACAAGCAGGACCUGUGCCAUGCCCGGCAGGUCUGUGAGGACGAGGGUCGUUGCCUGGCGCAGGAGAACCACUGUCACUUCCAGGAGGUCUCGGCAGCCGAGAGCUACCAGGACAUUGCCAACCUCUUUACCCAGCUCAUCCGACAGGUGAUGGAGCAUUUGAAGUACCGAGCUGACCGACGACGCUAUAGUGGCUCCAAGUCUAUGGCCAAACUCAUCAACAAUGUGUUUGGCAAGAGGAGAAAGUCGGUGUGAUGGUUUCAGCAGUUGGAGGGACCAGGAUUGUGUGUGUGUGCGUGUGUGUGUGUGUGUGUGUAGACCCAUGUUAAAGGAACUGGCUGAAAGGUUACAUACUGUGACUUCUGUUGAACAAAUCCACAGUGGUCUAAGCACUAACCGUGUUCAUACUGUGGGCAACGUGGAUGGAGGGUGGGAAGGAUUGUAAGGCAUCUGUGGGUCUACAUCCACAAAAUUUACAGGCAAAUAUUAACCUUAUACAAGUCUUUAGCAAGUUUACUUUUUGUUGCUCUGGUUUAGCCUUGCAAAGGUUUGUCUGCUUUGAGCUGAGUUAUUUAGAAAGGUCUAAUCAGGUAGUGGUGAUGAAAACGAAGCAGAUUGUUGCAGUAUUUUCCCACCUGGGACCAUAGAUGAUUAACAGGACUGGAGACCAUAAAUAAGUUUUCCUACACAGGUUAUGCUUUUAUUCAGACAUUUCUCUGGGGUUCUAAGGGGUCAAGCUGAAAAGAUCAGGAUCCAUGGGACUAGGGUACCACUCAGACUUUUCAGUACUGGAACAACUACCUUUUCCCUCCACCACUGCCAGUACUGUUUUUCGGUGUCAAUUAGAAUCACAUUCAUAGUAGUUUUUUUUUUCUUUCUUUGUUUUGUUUUGGGAGUUAAAUUACAUUUAUUUCAAGGUCCUGCACAUAAUGUAUUAGCCUAAUUAGAGCAAGGGUUGAAGUUGGCAGGAGUAAUGCUGGGAAUAAUUUGAGGUUAUUUAACUACAUGUACCAGUAAUGAUGUGUAGGUGUGUAGGGUCUUAAACAGUGUUUAUCUUCAGCAUGUCCUGCACAUAUUAGGCCUAAAACUAUUAAAAAUUUAUACCAGAAGAUUAAUACCUGAACAAAGAUGAGGUAAACAAGUCUAAAAGUAACCAAACACCAAGUGCCAACUUUUGCUUUUAAGCAGACUUUCAUACAGAUGCAAUUAAAAAAGGAACUUGCAGCUGCUUUCCAAGCAAAAUGUCUGGCUGGUUUAAUGCCAUGUUUUUCAUCUAAAAUGAGAACUGGCUGUAAUCAACUUCUCUCUUUAGACAGUUCCCCAGUUCAGCUUGAAACAAAAUCAUAACAAGGAGGAAUGCAGGUCUGAGGGACGGUGAAAUGUAUGACCACAGCUAGUGUACUAAACCAACAGUUGAACACCAGUGUGCUCACAGUGUUUCACUCUCUGUUGACCAGCACUGCAGCAUGUGGAAUGAAAAACUGUCACUGUUGCUAGUUUGUCUUUCUCCCAGUACUCGCUGAUAUGUGAUGACUAUCAUUUAGUUUUAUCAGUACAAUAAUGGAUGAAGCAAUUUUAUCUGACAUGACUGUGUAUAUAUUAUGUAUAUUCAUAAUUGUAUUUAUUUUCACAGCAUCAGAGGGAUUAGAAAAUACCUUGAAUGUGAACUUAAGACUUUUAAGCUUUAUAAAACUUGAUAAAACUUUAAAAAACAUGGACACACACCAGUUAAGGGCGUGAACUCAUUCGCUAUUGUUCUUAAAUCGAGUUGGGUCACCAUGAUGUUGCAUAGAAUGUUCCACACAUUGUGAAAAAUAAAUUUACAUGUGCAGUGU